AUCUGUGGACUUUAAAACUCAAAGGUGACAACAUUCACAGCAAGGCUGUCUGUUACCCUUACCCCAGACUGCUUAGAUCAAACCCUGAUCUGAUCUGUUGGUGACAUAGAUCUGGCCGCCCUCGCUGAUGUAGUCUGAUGUCAGUGACAUCAGUAACUAUGCCACACAGAAGCUAGUGGGCUCCAUGUGCCAAACUGAUGCGACCCGCUGAAUCAGAGAUGAUUCCCAGCCAAAGUCAACAGCAGCUGGGGCAGCACCUGCGUCCAGGCUCCCUUUUGGGUUUUGAUGAUGUGUGGCAUGAAAGGAAAAAAGGGCACACUUGUAAUACGAGGGCUGAUUCUCUGGGUUUUGUUGACCAACAUCAUGCUGGUGCUGUACUGCUUGACAAACGUAACCCAAGUGAAGAUUAGGGGCUCCCAAGAAGACACCUGUGCUCUCAGUAUGGUCAAAUUAUUGAAGCAAAAUGUGACCACGCCUGCUCAAAGCACAAAAUCCCAGUCAGAAGAGUGCUCCCCCACAGUGGACAUCAUGUUCAUGAAGACCCAUAAAACUGCUAGUAGCACUUUACUCAACAUCCUCUUCAGAUUUGGGGAAAAGCACAAUCUUAAAUUCGCCUUCCCUGCUGGACGCAAUGACUUCUUCUACCCAUCGCCCUUCCAGUGCUCCCAGGUGAAGGACUACAGGCCUGGAGACUGUUUCAAUAUUGUUUGUAACCACAUGCGCUUUGACCAUCAAGAAGUAGCCAAGCUCCUGCCUCAAGAUGCUGUGUACAUCACCAUCCUACGUGACCCCGUGGCUCUCUUUGAGUCAUCCUUUCAUUACUAUCACAGAGCAGUUCCUCUCACAUGGAGGAUCAAUGGAAAGGACAAACUGGCAGAAUUUCUAAACAGUCCUCAGACCUAUUACAGCCCAGACGCUUUCAACUCAUUUUAUCUUAAAAAUCUGCUCUUUUUUGACUUUGGUUUUGAUAACAAUCUGGAGGCUGAUGAUCCUCGUGUAAUGAGGCAUAUUCAUUACUUAUCGAAACAUUUUGAUCUGGUUCUCAUAUCAGAGUAUUUUGAGGAGUCUCUUAUCCUGCUUAAGGACACACUUUGUUGGACCAUGGAGGACAUCCUGUUCUUUAAACUCAAUGCUCGGAGGAGCUCAUCUGUGUCUCGACUGACCCCUGAGUUGAGAGCCAAAGCUUUACAAUGGAAUGGGGCUGACUGGAGACUCUAUCUGCACUUUAAUGCAACCCUCUGGGCCAGAGUGGAGGCGUACGGGAGAGAAAGAAUGAAACAGGAGGUAAACGAGCUGAGGAGGAGAAAUGCAGAGAUGGAGGCCAUCUGCAUUGAGGAUGAAGGUGCAGUUGAAGCCCGAAAAAUUCAGAACAGGCGUUUCCUGCCCUGGCAGCCAGUUGGAGAAUCUUCCAUCCUCGGGUACAACAUGAAGAAAAAUACUGAUCCCAAAUACAGGACAAUCUGUGAAAAAAUGCUCACACCUGAAAUACAAUAUUUAUCAGACCUGGGCGUAAGCCUGUGGCUUACUAGACUAUGGGGUUGGUUAAAAGAUGCUGUUUUUAUAGUUUAACUUUGAUUAAAAUGUUUGCUAAAAUUUAGCUAUUUAUCCAGCAACAUGGGUUGCUAGAUAAAGUGUCAAUUUAAAACACUUUUUAAUCAAUUACUUUUUAUAGCUUUUCUUUUGAGUGAUACAUAUUACAUUUUUUUUAACCUGAAUUCUCAUUUGGCAGCAUGGAAUGUGUUACACUCAAAAAACAUUUACCAAAAAGAGCUACAGACGGCUCUUCGUUCUAUCUGAUACCUCAUCAUCUGUUGGCCAUUCAUUGCUUCUCACAGUUUGUUGUAUCUUUCAACAUUUUGCACUGCAUAAAGAAUUCUAAACUGUG